AUGUCCGUGUUAGAAUCCAAGCAGGGGGCGCAGAGUGGGGUGGGGUUCGUGGGGCACUUGGCACUUAACGCGCACACAGCUGCAGCAAUUGCAUCCCUCCCAGUUACCAGUUACCCGCGGAUCCCUGCCAUCGCAUCCCAUCAUCAUCCUCUUUUGCCUCCCCCCUCCGAGCUAUUAUUGCACAUUUACGACGCGGGAAUCAUUGCCUCCUUGAUCUAUUGUAUCCCGACAGACCGGAACCAAGCACCUGCAGGCCCAGUCAUCGCCAUCGCCAUCGCCAUCUUCAUUUCCAUCCCGAAUUCGCUCGAGGUGCAGUCGCUCGCGCACGAAGGACAAGCCACCCGAGGACACCCUUGCCCCAUGAGUCACUUACUCUGGAAAUACUACUGGGACAACGAUGUCGACAAGUUUCGACGUCUGCUGGCUCCAGCCACCCAGACAGCUUCUCAACCUCCAUUGAAAAGCUCCGCCGUUCCUGCUGGAUCAUGGAACCACUCUUCCGGCUUCCCGGCCGCUCCGAAUUCCUCUCCCCGAACGGCCAAUAAAUCGCGUAAGGCCUCUUCUGGCACCGUUCUUGGCGCCUUCACAGGCAAAGGCUCCGGAUCUCAUGGUCUAGGCAAGGCUGAGGUCAACAGCCGCGACUAUGCGGGCUUGACCAUCCUACUUCGUGCCGCUGCUUCCACCAGACCCGAGUCCUUACUUUUCGUCCAGGCCCUGCUCGACCACCCGGCCAUCGAUCUCUACGCACGAGAUACCGAAAGUGGUUGGAAUGCCCUACACCGCGCCCUCUACUCCGGCAAUAUAACGAUUGCCCGUCUUCUUCUCGAGAAAGAGCGUCGUCUCUUGACUGAGCAGACCUCGAGCACCGCCGUUGCUAGGGUAGGCCAGCUUAUCAAGACCAAGGAUCAUGAGGGAAGCAGCCCCUUCGACCUUUAUAACUCGACAAUUGCGACGCGGUCGCUUAAGCACCUUGGAGAUACAAUGGACAGAUGCUCAGAGUCGGGGGGUGACUCGGAUACCGAUGAUGACGAAGAUCUCGUCGCUGGGCCCGUUUCCUCAUUCCGCGAGGCGACCGUGGGUGAGGAAAUAUUCAUGUUCGGCAGCAACAAGAAUCUCUCUCUUGGCGUGGGCGACGAAGAUGAUCGCCAAUUCCCCGAGAGGAUACUACUUAGGCGACCAGAUCGCCUCCUCCGUCGAUUUUACGACGAAUAUCUCGAAAGAGCAAGGAACGAUCCAACCUCGGGUGUAUCCCAAUCCGAUUUGGAGGUCGAAGACCUGAACAUGAUCCCGGCGCUCACAAGACACCGGCCCCUCCUUUUUCAGGACGCUGUUCUCUCCAAGUUUCAUAGCGCUAUCCUUACUGCCGACCCUGUCUCCAAUCUAUACAUCUGCGGCAUUGGCCUCAGCGGUCGUCUUGGCUUAGGGGACCUGAACACCCAGUUUCGGUUCCUUCCUGUCCAGGGCGGCCUUGCCGACAAGAAGGUCAUACAAGUUGCACUUGGUCAGAGUCACACUAUGGCCCUUACCGACACUGGCGAACUGUGGACUUGGGGCUCCAAUUCAAAUGCCCAACUUGGAUAUGCCUUGCCUCCUGCUCGUAAGGACGAGGAGCCCAUGAGCACCACGCCUCGGCAGGUCUUUGGGCCGCUCAAGAAGGAAAUCAUUAAUGGCGUCGCUGCCUCGUCUGUGCACUCCGUUGCCCACACAUCGCAUUCUUUGUUUUGCUGGGGAAAGAACCUCGGGCAGCUGGGCCUCAUGGACGCGGAUUCCCGCUCAUUAGAAGUCCAGCCAACUCCUCGGAGAGUCGCCGUAUCACUCUUCUCUUCCAAUAUCAUUGCCGUGUCGGCUAUUGAUAAAGCGACCACCUGUCUGCUAGAGGACAGCUCUGUCUGCGUUUUUACAAGCUAUGGUUUCAAUUUCCUCAAAUUCCCGGUGCCAGAUGCCUUUGCCAACCACCGGUUCGCCUCCCGCUUUGUGUCUUCCAAGCAGGAUACUACAUCUCGGAACCGAGUAGCGUAUAUCACGUCCGGAGGGGAGACGAUUGCCGCCGUGACAGGGCAAGGCGACCUCUUCACUGUCAACUUGAAUCACCGGGCCGAGGCCGCCCCGGCAGCCACGUCGACGACCAACCCGGCCAAAAUCAAGGGAGCCCUGACCACGCCUCAGUGCAUUUGGCAGGCCCGGAAAGACGGUGUCAAGUCGGUCAGCGUUGGUGAGCACGGGUCUGUCAUCAUCUGCACAGAAUCAGGCGCCGUGUGGAGGCGUGUGAAGCGGACCAAAGCCAAAGAUACCAGGCUUUCCGAGUCGGCCGACACCAGACGUGGCGACUUCAAGUUUCAACGUGUGCCCAGUGUCACCAAGGCUGUGGCGGUCCGAAGCUCAACCUUUGGAGCCUUUGCGGCCAUUCGAAAGGACUGCGACGUCACGAGAACCCAGAUCGGCGUCCAAAGCAAGUCGUUGCGGGAUGAUCUGUCUCCGCUGCUCGUGCUCCGAGGCUUCCAGGCCUCCGACCCAGGACGUGACGGAACGCACACCUUGAGAUUCUGGGACGCUGAUGCGCUGAGGGACACGCUCGGGGAUCUCCCGUAUGAACUCCUCCGAUCUCCUGGCCUCGACGUUGACCUAGCGAGACAUCUGCGAUUUGUUUCGUCCAGCACUUUUGACUUUGAUGUGUUGCUUUCCACAUCUUCGUCGCCAGACGUCCGUAUCCCCGCGCACGGCUGGAUUCUCGCCGCCCGAAGCUCCAUCCUGCGUGGGAUGUUUACAGAGUACAGGCGCACUGGAAGAUACGAAAUGCCGGAGACGCUUGUCAUCCGAGAGCACGAGGGCAAGACACUAGUCCAGUUCCAGUCUAUAGAUCUACUGUCCCUCGUCAACGUGAUCGUCUACUGCUAUGACGACACCGUCGUCCCCGUCUGGAACUUCACCCGCCAAGCUCCGCCCUUGGCAUACAGAUAUCGUCAGAUCCGAGUGGAGCUGAUGAAGGUGGCGUCGAAACUGCAGCUGACAAAGCUCGAAGCGGCGGCUCGCAUGCAAACCAGGGUGGAGAGGUCUCUGGACAGAGAUAUGAAGGCGGCGAUCCGCGAUCCGCGCUUCUUUCAAGACGCUGAUGCAUUGAUCGCCCUCGAUGGCGAGGAGGUACCGGUGCACAGUCAGCUUCUCCGCUUACGGUGUGCUUUCUUCGAAGGACUCUUCCACGGCCGGUCCGGCGGUAUGUGGCUCGCGGGCCGCCGGGAGAUGCUGGCCGAGGAAGAACAGGUGACCGUCGACAUGACGCAUUUGGAUCCGGAUGCUUUUCGCUAUGUCUUGCGCUACCUAUACGCGGAUGUAGGCACGGAGCUGUUCGACGACACCGUGUCGUCGGACGUUGACGAUUUCUCGGACACGGUGAUGCAGGUGAUGAGCAUUGCCAACGAGUUGAUGCUGGACCGUUUGUCCCAGGUCUGCCAGCGCAUCCUCGGUCGAUUCGUCACGACGCGGAACGUCGCCGGGCUUCUUAACGAGAUCAGUCCUUGCUCGGUGACCGAAUUUAAAGAUGCGGGCCUGGAGUACGUCUGUCUCCAGGUGGAAACGAUGUUGGAAAAUCACUACUUGGACGGGUUGGAUGAAGAACUCAUGGAAGAACUGGACGCCGUUGUCCGCCAGAACCAGGGUGCUCAAUGCCCCUUCGCUCGCAGCCGGCUAACGGAAGCGCUGAUGUUCGAACGGUAUCCCGAGCUGGCAUCGGACAUUGAGGAAGAACACCAAGUACGGGUGAAGGAGAUGGCCUAUAGAGCAUCUCAGAGAGAUGACGAUAGAAGGUUUUUGUCCUCGUCGUUCCGUACGAAAUUUGGCAGCUUGGACGACGCGACUACGGUUUCCCCUGUCCAGGAGAAAGGACGGCGCAAAGCCAAGGUUGCGCAAACAGAUUCGGUAAGCCCGCUGCUGCGGGCCAAGGGAUCCCACGGAGACCUCAUGUUUGAUAUGGAUGACGAAGAGGGCUUUCCUGCAGCAAGUCCCACAUGUUCUCCUCCACAGAGGGCUGUCAACGGAAAGGGCUCUGUGGACGUCUCCCGCAUCCCUUUGCUGUCAGGUCAGGAACCGACGGGUGGUUCGGUACCAUCUCCUGCUUCGAGCCUACCACUGAGGUCCGUUCUCGCCCACCGUACACCACCUGGCUCGCCCAGCCAGGUCUCUCAGGGCAAAGGUCCAGCAUCUGGCGGCAGUCCCUGGGGGGCCGCUGCCUUGCCGACUUCAAGGAUGGACUUGCGAGAGCUCUUGGCGGCAACCCCGAUCAAGUCUGCUUUAUCAGCGGGCAUCGAGGCGCAAACGGCGCGGGAAGCGUCGGUCCGGCCGGCGCCGCCGCAACCAAAAAUGUCCCAGAAAGAGCGGAAGAAGCAGAAGCAGCAGCAGCAGGAGCAGCAGCAGCAGCAGCAGCAGCAAGCACAUGCGGCGGCAGCUCAUGCGGCCGAGACUCAACGACCCAAGGUCGCAUGGGAUCCCGAGACUUCUAAGAGCAAAGCAGCGCCCUGGAAAGUGGUCUCGGGUGUGCCCAAGGCGCCGCUGCGUGAUGUCAUGGCGGCCGAGUCAUCCCGCCCUGCGGCUGCGGCUGCGUCUGCGUCUGCGUCUGAGUUGACGACUGCUGCGUCCAUCAGGAAGCCCCUUGUGGCGGCCGAGUCUCCGGCCCAGUCCAUUCGGCGCACGGCGUCUCCGGACACACGCUUCCCGGGACAGUCUCGGGGCAGCAACUCGACCACGUCGCCGGCCGCAGCAUCGGCCUCAGCCUCAGCCUCCGUUGCCACUCCUCCUUCCUCUUCGAAGCCAAUCACUCCGCAUUCCCGGACCUAUAUAGCCCCGGCUCGCAAGGCGGAGCCGAUAUUGGGACUGAGCAUGUCUGACAUCAUCGGACAACAGAGGCGAGAACAAGAAGCGGUGCGGGCGGCGGCGGCCAAACGGUCGAUGCAGGAAAUCCAGCAAGAACAAGAGUUCCAGGAGUGGUGGGACCAAGAGAGCCGUCGGGUCCAGGAGGAAGAGGCCAGGCGGGCUGCCAAGGAGAAGGAACGGGACGAUAGAGGAAAAGGGGGCCAGAGAGGUGGUGGGGGUCGACGUGGAAGACGGGAGCGGGGAGGCAGGAAAGGAGCUGACGACAGUGCGGACCGUGAGGUGGGGGCUGUCGCGGAAGGCAGCGGCUCGGGACAGGGUGCUAGACCGCAGAAGAACAGCAGGGGAAGAGGGGGGCGACGUGGAGGUGGUAGGGCCUCUACUACUGCAGCAUGA